AUGGACAAAGCUUUAAUGGCACUGUCUUUGGAGGAAGAGGAUGUUCCGUUCGCUAUGCCUGAGCUUCCUGAGUUCAGCUCUGCUGAAGAAAAUAAACUGAGCCUGAUGGGUCGUCUGCUGAACCCUGAGAAACAGAAGAUGUCAUCUUUAAUCAUGAAGAUGCCGAGGAAAUGGCAAAAAGAAAGAAGAGUUCGAGGCAUUGCUCUGUCUCAAGAACGAUUCCAGUUCAUCUUCCAAAACGAGCAUGACCUCGUCGACGUUUUGGAAAGAGGAGUCCACACUUUCGAGGAGUGGGUCAUUGUGGUCGAGAGAUGGGUGGAGAACCCGCCUGAAGAUUAUCUUCAGUUCAUUCCGAUUUGGGUUCAAAUAAGGAACAUUCCCGUAGACUGCUACAACUCUGGUGCGUUGACAGCCCUUGGUGACCUGGUUGGGAAGACAGUGGUGGUUGCUUUUGAUCCUACCAAGCCAAUCACUCAAGAUUUCAUCAGGGUACUUGUCAAGUUUAAUGUGGCUCACCCCUUGCGUACGACUAAAGUUAUCACUGUCAAAGGAGCCCCUCAUGUCAUUUGCUUCAACUAUGAAAAGAUUCAGAAGCGUUGCUUUACUUGCCAGUGUCUCAACCAUGAGAAGGAUUUCUGUCCCUUAGAGGUUAAAAAGCGUCAGGAAGCCUCUAAAGCGCGAAGGGAUCUCGUGGCUGCUGAGCUGAAGAAGAAGGAGCUGGUGAUCAAGCAUAAUGAUAUACUUUUUGGUGUAUUGGAAGAAGAGCAAGUUGGGUUGGAUCCUGCUACAGGUCGUUACAAAAUUGCUAAUGAAGUACUCGAGGAGAUGAGGAGGUACUUGCGUGCAGACACUGGAGAAAAUCAUGCCACCAAGGUUGAUAAAGUUCAGUCGUCUGUUCACCUUGUGGAAAAGGAUCCCGUUGCUUAG